AUGAGAAAUCUACCAUAUGUUACGUUCUCCUUGGCCCUUUUGGUUUUAUCUUCAUCGAACAGCGGCAUCCUAUGUAGUGAAGCUGGAGAGAACAAAAGCACCAAUUUGAGAAAUGGCUACAGCACAUUUAAUAGCACAUUGAACGAGGGAGACGAAAGCCAGCUGAAUGACAAGAACUAUGAUGAUGAAAUUUUUCAGAGUCCAGUGGAGGAUCUGAACGAAGUGAUUAAGAAUGUACAAGGUGUGGCUGGAGAAGGAGAAACAAUUGAUGAGCCAAGUAGUAGUUCCCUCCCUAAAGAAAAAGAAGGAAAUAUAAGAGGAGUUUCUGUUGGUUCAGGUGAUGAUGUAGAAACACUUGAAGAAAGUGAUAUGAACAAGAUGUGGGGCACUGGACUAUCGGAGGAAAAAUCAGAAGGACAAGAGCCACGUGGUGUAUCUUCCGUAUGGGAACAGAUUGAUGAGGCAUUGCCAACGCCUAAUAAUGUACAUGAAUCUCUGAAGGUGAAUCCACUUUUAUUUGACCAAAUUAAGGUUAACGACGAGGAUGUGUUGCCAAGUGCAGAGAAUGCAGAAACGGAGACCCCAUCCAACGAAUCACCCGAGAAUGAUAUCACGCAGGAGGAGAUAAUCGAGCAGGCAAAAGAAUUGGAGGAACAAUUGGAAGAGGUGAUUGAAGAGCUCAAGGAAUUAGCGGAACAAAAGGUGGACGAAGUGAUGGAAGAGCUCAAGGACGUAACGGAGGAGCAAGUAGAAGAAAUGAUUGAAGAGCUCAAGGAAGUAGCAGAAGAAGAGGUGCAAGACGUGAUGGAAGUGCUCAAGGAUGUAACGGAGGAGCAAGUAGAAGAGAUGAUUGAUGAGCUGCAGCAAGACGCGGAAGACCAGUUGCAAGAGUUUAUUGAUGAGCUGCAGGAAGACGCGGAAGACCAGUUGCAAGAGUUUAUUGAUGAGCUGAAGGAAGUGGUGCCAGAAACGCAAGUGCCCGAAGCGGAGGGAGAACAAGCACCAGAAGAAGCACAGGAGGAAAACGCAGAAGAGUCCGAUGAAAUAUCGGGCGAUGGCUUUUUCGGAGGAAUGCACCUUGGAGAAUACAUAGAUAUUGCGGGUAUUAAAAACAGUGCUGGAAAUAUGGUGAAGAAUGUGAUUAGCAUGUUCAGUGGAGAGAAUGGACUUGUGGGUAUGUUCAAGGAUUUAUCGGCAAAUUUUUCUUAA